CGACCGGCUCCAAGCCUUCACGCCCCCUCCCCCUUCCCUUUCACCUGAGGGACUCAGAGGACACUGCGGAAGGUAUUUCGAUGAAGAAUAUACUUGCAGAAAAAAUAAAAUCAAGGAAAGAUAAAUCAGAAAUCUUCAUCUUAGAACUAUUCUCUUGAUAGGAUUUGCAAAGAAGCGUUGAACCAGACGGGAUUGGAUCUUCUACACGGAAACGUCACCGAAACAGUUACCAAUGUAUCACUGAAGUUAAUUGAAUUGUUUUAGAAAGUCGUCAUGGGAGGAGCUGUGAGUGCAGGAGAAGACAAUGAUGAUUUAAUUGAUAACUUAAAAGAAGCACAGUAUAUACGCACUGAGAGAGUGGAACAAGCCUUCAGAGCUAUCGAUCGUGGUGAUUACUAUUUGGAAGGCUAUAGGGACAAUGCAUACAAAGACUUGGCUUGGAAGCAUGGAAAUAUACAUUUAUCAGCACCUUGCAUUUAUUCUGAAGUCAUGGAAGCAUUGAAACUUCAACCAGGAUUGUCUUUUCUUAAUCUGGGUAGUGGAACCGGCUAUUUAAGCACAAUGGUGGGAUUAAUAUUAGGGCCUUUUGGAAUAAAUCAUGGAAUUGAACUUCAUCAAGAUGUAGUAGAAUAUGCCAAGGAAAAACUGGAGAGCUUCAUAAAAUAUAGUGAUAGUUUUGAUAAAUUUGAAUUUUGUGAACCAGCUUUUGUUGUUGGAAACUGCUUGCAAAUAGCAUCAGACAGUCAUCAGUAUGAUCGGAUUUACUGUGGAGCAGGUGUACAAAAAGACCAUGAGAAUUACAUGAAAAUCUUAUUAAAAGUUGGAGGUAUCCUCGUUAUGCCAAUAGAAGACCAGAUAUCAAAGGGCUUUUCUACGCUGACGCAAAUUCUGAGAACUGGACAGAAUACUUGGGAAAGCAAAAACAUCCUUGCUGUUUCUUUUGCUCCACUUGUGCAACCAAGCAAGAGUGACUCUAGCAAAAAUGACACAGUGGGAUUGCCACCAUGUGCUGUUAGAAAUCUACAAGAUUUGGCUCGUAUCUACAUUAGGCGUACUCUUAGAAACUAUAUAAAUGAAGAGAUGCAAGCCAAGGGUAUUACUCAGAAGCUUCCACCAAAACGUAAGCGCAGAAAAUGCCGUAGGCGCAGGAUUAAUACAUAUGUGUUUGUAGGCAAUCAGCUCAUUCCUCAACCUCUAGAUAGUGAAGAGGAUGAAAAGAUGGAAGAAGACAACAAAGAAGAGGAUGACAAAGAACACAAUGAAGCUUUGAAACCAGAGGAACCGCCACGAAAUCUGUUGAGGGAAAAAAUUAUGAGUUUACCACUCCCUGAAUCAUUGAAAGCCUACUUGACAUACUACAGACAGAAAUAAUUUUAACAGAAUAUGAUAAUGUCUACUUGAUAGUUCCAUAAUUCUUGAAAUGUAGCAUUUACAAAGAAAUACAGGGACAAAUACCCAUAGUCUUUCAGCAAGCAAGCAAGAUGCAGUGGUGAAAUGAAACAUGAUUUGUCUUAACUGUGCUACAGCGACUUGCAUACAGUAGUAGAUUCCUAUUUUAAAUUCACUUGAUGCUUUUUUUUCCAAAACAAAAAAAAAUCUCUUUUAACCCUGAUAGAAAUAUAGUCCAAAGCAGUAUAUGUCACUAAUUAAGAAUCUGAAUGAUAAAUCUUUUUUGCUCCAUUGCAGAUUUGUAUUGAUGAGAGUUAGAUAAAUGUUGUAAUUGUGAAUAAUUGAGCAACUAUGCUGAGAAAUCAGUAGGGACUGUCUACAUUAAUCCAUGUAAGUUCUUGAACAUGCAGACAGUUCUGUUCUUAUACUGAAUUGGAACCCUUAAUUUUGUCAUCGCUAUAUUGCAAUCAUUGUUACUAUGCUGAUGUGAAUGUAUUCUGAGGAAUACAUGUGUGCAAUAACUGUGCAGACACUGAAUGAAACACGAACAUUCAAGUUGAGGAAUGUCAAAUGGCCCUACUAUAUUUCUUUCUAUAUCUCUUGCCAAAAGAUCUCAAGAAAAAUGAGUGCUUCUCUCUCAGAGCCUUAAGAAAACAUUGCAUCAACUAUACACUUUUUAAAAUGUACUACAACCCAUUUUCUUUAACACCAGCCUAUGAUAGUUAUAAAAUAUUUCUCAACUUUCCAGCAUUCACAGAAAAAAAAAUCUUUUUAAAGUUCGUGGUACAGAAAACCUGUUUCAUAUAUUAAAGAUUGUAAUUUAGGUUUUUACUGUUAUAUUUACUACUUUAUAGAGUAGAAUAAACAAAAAGUUGAGCUUGCAUUGCUUUAUUUGCUUAGUUGUAAUGGUAAAUUUUAAGGGUUUUUUCAGAAGGUGCACUUUUAAGUGGAUUCUGUUCCUUAUUUAAUGAAGAUAAGGCAAGGCAAGUAGUUCCUACAUUUGCUGUUGAUACUCAUCCUUCUGGAAACCAAUUACAUUGCAAGCGUGGGAACAGACAUUGCUCGAAUAUUGUUCCAUCUGACAUUUUUCAUUAUUCAGUGACAUUGUUUGGUUUUUUUAAAAUCUUUUUGCAUGAUGGAAUAUGUAAUUUCUACUAGCCUUAUCAUAUUAAUACUUAAUGUUAAAUAUCAGUGAGAAAGAGUUCAGGAUAUGCUGUAAAACUGUUAGAGUUAAGGAUACCUUAUAUGUUAGGGCCCAAUCAAAAGCAUUCCUUAUGGAGAAACUUCUUGUGUAAUUUACAAUUGUAAUAAACAAAAAUUAUUAAAGCAAAAUAAAAUCAGGAUACAUGAGAACACUGUAUACAUUCUUAUAACCUGAUACUUUAUUCACAGAGGAAAACCAUUUAAAGUAUACCUGAUCUAAGUGUCAUGUUUUUGUAGGUAUCUACAAUAUUAUAAGUAUUUUAUUGGACUCAUGCCUUUAAAACACAUGGUUAUAAUUUCAGGUUGUAUUUCAUGCAAAUUAAAGCUUUUUGUCUUGAUUACGAAAAAUAUAUCUCUACAACAAAAUAGUUUUUCUGGUUUGUUAACCAGAUGUGUGCAAAUUUACACUAAUGAAUAAAUACACUCAUGGCUAGAAAUAAGUGUGCCAGCUUUGGUUCACAGAAGUAAAAACUGACGAGGAGUAGAGAUUGUCCUAUACAGUAAAACUACUGCAGUGCUUUUGACAGAUAAUCUGUGGGAAGCAUUGAAUAUAGCACAUCAAUUUUAUUUUAUUAAAAGGAAUGAUGUUUUAGGCAUUAUAAAAUUCAAGUUGUAUUUUCUAGACUUGAAAUUUCAACAUAUUUUUUCAGUCUUCUGAGUGCAAAAUGUUAUAUAAUUGUCUUUCAGGAUAGAACUUCAAACAGGAUAGUGUUUUUGUUUGUUUUUUAAUAAUGAUUCUAUGUGCGUUUCCCAUUCUCUUGUACUCUUGUUCAAAUAGAGAAUAGAUGAGGUAUGAAUAGUCACUAUGUUAAGGUGGGGAUGUCAAAGAAGUAAUGUUUCUUUUGUGUUUGUGGCUUUAUUUCACAUUCUUGGAUUUAUAUUUACUUUUGAAAUAAAAGCUUAAAUCCAAA